AUGGAAGUGGAGUAUCCUUCAUUCAUAUCACAGCUGUUUGUUGUUGAGAACGACAUUUCGAAACGACAGAAUUUGGAGGAGAGAUUGAAAGGAAAGGAGUAUGCGAAAAAAUUUUACAAAGGGGUUGAGUCAAAUGUGUCGUUUAUUUCCACAAACGAGAGAUCAAAGAAGAUCUUCCGCCUUCUCUUCCCAUAUUUUCUUCAAAGUUCGUCGAUUGAAAUUAUAGUGAUAAUCUUCCCGUUUCUAGAUAUUGAAAUUAUUCCACUUGACCACAUUCAGAAAGUGGCUCGUCUGUUUAUAGACGACUAUAAAAUUAAUCAACCGCUCUUAAUGAAUGUUGUUUUAACAAUAUUACAGAAAAGGACCGACUGUGAUGACUAUUAUACCACUCGUAUAUGUAAGAACACUAUUAAUAUUGACUUUUUGAAUUCAGUGCGUCAAAUAGUGAAAUCCAAGUUGAGUCAAUCACUGAUCGACGUGACUAUUAGAGGUAUAACCGUCCUCAAAAAUUCACAACCGGGACUGGAAUACCAAUUAUUGAUGUUUCACAAUGACUUCCAACACACCAUCGAACAUAUUCAAACGGCAUUUAACAUUCCAAUUAAAUCACAGAUAUUGGACAUGAAUGAGACGGACUGUGAACUCUUUGAAAACAAAAUAUAUCACUCAAAGACGGGAGAAGCGGCACGAGUCACAUUUUGUAGAAUAGAGGGAGAUAGAAUAUACACCCUGAUCCAUUAUAAGGAAGCAUUUGUAUCCCCACAUAAAACGGAUUUUGACUGCGAGUUUGUAUUCAACUGCACCCCAACUUCUAUUGCCAUUGUCGACAUCAACACUAUAGAAUAUGUCGAUGAACCUAAAGUAGGGCGAUCCUUACAGAAUUUACUGAUAAAGUUGUACACCCCACCGAAACUUGCACGAUCGACGAAUAAAUGCACUUGUGUCAUUCGAGCGACUUCAACACUUCUUGGGAAGUGCAAUGCUAUCAUCGUCAAUUUCUACUCGAAAACAAACAAUAAAAUGUUCAAGACGAAAAGAAAGACCACGAACAUCCCCGUGUCAUACAUACAAUACUUCCCUUCAUAUGCCAAUUCGAUUAGUCUCACACAAAACUUAUAUGACUACGACUUCUUGAAUUUGGUCACUGAAGUUAUGGCAAACAAAAUUGACUCGUUUUUCAAUGCAAACGAAGUCUGGAAGUCAACACUCUUCACACGAGCUGUCCAUUUCUGUCAUAUCCCAUUGUGCUCGUUAGCGGCUCCACUGAUGAGAAUAUUUACUACAGACAUCAACUUUAAGUCCAUUCAACAAAGUAGUCCACUUAAUUUACAAAAGGAAGUCGAAGGGAUAAUACCUUUCAUCAUUGAUACUGCAAAAAACUCAAAGCUACGGAAUUACAGAGAACUCAGUGUAAAAACACCGACGCGAACACUCCAUUUGGCGUUCCAUGAACUGCCAUUUACUCCACGUGAAAGCUGUGAAUUAAUGUAUUAUAGAGAUGAAGGAAUGGGGUUGCCAGAUCCGGCUGUUCUUCAAAUGAUACGAGAGAAUGAAAAUUACCAACAAGAGAUACACUACACACUCCAAGACUUGCUCCAAGGAAGGUUUUGGGUGCCAACGGAACGAAAGAGGAAGAUCACUCCGAACACUGAAACGUAUAAAAUGCAUAAGCCACUCUAUUUGAAUGCAACGACUGUCCAGGCUCUCACAAAAUUGGGAUUGAAAGAAGAAUCGAUUGCAAGCAUCAUCAUCGAUUUGAAUGCCGCAAUGGAUUCCUAUGAAAGUGCGCGUAUGGUCGCAUACCAUUUCCUUCCCGUUGAAGAGAAAUUUGCGAGUAAAUUUGUCGAAGUGACAAAGAAGUUUUAUGAAGACAACAAAGAAGAUGACUUGCGAGUUAUAGAUGCAACUGUCAUUAAUAAAGUCUCCGCAAUGCUCUUUGCACGAAUGAAGAGAGGCCUCUUACCUCUCGUCCAUGGAGGCACUUUCACAUUUGAGAAAGACACGACCAAAAUACUCGAUAAGGGUGAAAUUGGACUUAUCACUGACUCUUUUCUUGUGGAACAAGCCGACGAAGUUCUUCUCACGUCGCCGUUCUUAGAAAAGGAUGUGAUCAGGAAAUUUAGAAAUGUCCGUGACGUCCGUGUUGUGAGUGCGCGGAAUGUGGUAUUCUACAGCGUUGAAGACGAAGACUACUUUACUGCAAUCAAUAAAUUUGACCCCAUUUGUAAUGUGAUCUGGGACAAAACUAUAUUAAACGACGUUGGAGAUACUGUUCAAUGGAAAUUCCCAUUAGACCAAGAUUUGAAUCCAUUUGAAGGAACAAAUUAUGAAAGUUUUAUGAGCCAAUAUAUCAGAAUUUUAUCCGAGAGGUGUGAGUGUCGGAACAAAGCAUGUAUUAUGUCAGACAUUUUAGACCAAUCCAGAGAGAAAGAAGACACUAAGUGUUACAUCCCUCAAACCACGUAUGAAGCUAAUUUUAGAACAUAUUUUCCUCCAAAAAUUGACGUUCUUUUAACUACUGAAAUGAAAGUCUUUUUGUUCUUGUUAGAUGGCUUUGGCAAUUACAGAACACACUUCAACUUCUCUCAGAUAUCGUCGUGCUGGACACUUCAGAUCGUUGGUAAUUUCGACGACCCAUUUGUUGGGUUCCAAAUGCAAGAGUUCUUGACAACUGUCGACUCAUUCAAAGUCCUCGACCCAUUCAAAAAUCAAAACAACGCACUUUUCUAUGGAAUGGUGUACCUCCUCACUCAAACAACAGACGUCCGAGUCUUUGCACUCACUUGUGUAUUAUCGAAAUUGUUACAGUCUAAGUAA